UUCAAUUUCUAGAGUGCAACAUCUCUUUCUUUCUCUUUCUACUUCUUCAUGGCAGAGUCACCAACCUUCAAAGUCCAUGAAGUCUGCUCCAUUUCGCCGCCACAAGAAACCCCACCAACAACUCUUCCCUUCACCCUCUUCGACGUCCUAUGGCUUCGGUUCCCCCCAGUGGAGCGUCUCUUCUUCUAUUCCUUCCCAAACCCAACAACAACAUCAUUUUUCGACACCACCGUUCUCCCAAAUCUCAAACACUCCCUCUCCCUCACUCUCCACCACUUCCCUCCUCUCGCCGGCACCAUCACAUGGCCCAAUCACUCACCCCUCCCUCUCAUAACCUACACUCCCGGCAACACCAUCCCCUUCACAAUCGCCCAAUCCAACGCAGAUUUCAACACCCUCUCUUCAAACCUCUCUCAAGUCAACCACCACCUCCAAAACCUAAUACCCCACUUAACCAUUUCCCAUGAAGAAGCUUCCGUGUUAGCACUUCAACUCACCCUCUUCCCCAACCAAGGCUUUUCGAUUGGAAUCACAACCCACCACGCUGCACUUGAUGGAAAGUCUUCGACUUUGUUCAUCAAAUCGUGGGCGCAUUUUUGUUCUCAGCUUAAUACCUCCCCAGAAGAACCGUUAUCACUACCAAAGCAUCUAAUACCCUCGUUUGAUAGAUCUGUUAUAAGAGACACUUUGGGGAUCGGUGAGAUUUACGCGAACUCAUGGAUGAACUUCGGUGGAGCCACCAAUGACCGAAGCUUGAAUGUGUGGGAUUCCCUCGGUGGAAGUCAAACCGAUUUGGUUAAAGGGUUGUUCGAGUUGACACCGUUGGAUAUCAAGAAGCUGAAGAAAUUAGCGGAGUCUAAGGUUGUUGUCGGAGACAACAAGAAGAAGAUUAGGGUGACAUCGUUCACGGUCACGUGCGCUUACUUGUUGUCAUGCGCGGUGAAAGCGGAGCAACCCAACUGCGAAAGAGUGCCUUUUAUUUUCAGCGUGGACUGUAGGGCGCGUUUGGAUCCACCAAUUCCGGGAACGUACUUUGGGAACAGCGUCGUGUCUUUGUUGGUGAUAGCAAAGCGAGAAGAGCUAUUGGGGGAAGAAGCGUUUUUUAAAAGCGUUUUAGGGAUAAGCGAAGAGUUGAACAGGAUAGAGGGUGACGUGUUGAACGGUGCGGACAGGUGGAUGCCGAAGAUUCAAUCGGUGAUGUCGGAGAGGCCGAGGUUGUUCUCUGUUGCGGGGUCUCCGAGGUUUGAGGUUUACGAUGUUGACUUUGGGUGGGGAAGGCCUAAGAAAGUGGAUGUUACUUCCGUUGAUAAAACGGGUGCGUUUUCACUUUCGGAGACUAGGGAUCACAGUGGAGGCAUUCAAAUUGGGUUGGCGUUGACCAAGAGUCAAAUGGAGGCGUUUUCUACGGUUUUUGCUCAAGGGCUUGAGUCCUUGGAAUAAAUAUGAUGAUGAUGAUGAUGAUGGAGGCUUUCAAACUUGGUUGGUGGGGUUUCGAAGAAUCUAUUGUAAGAGGAGAAGAGGAUAUUCUUGAAUCUCGAUGUUUGCGGAAAAAAAGAACUACUAAGAUGAGGUUAUAGCCUUCAUUAAAUAAGUUUCAAUAAUUUUAUGGGUUAGUAUAUGAAUAUUUAUAUAUAUCAUGAGAUGAGAUACAUGAGUUCACUACAAAAAAAAAACAAGAGUUGAUUUACGUUUUUGUUUCAAGUUUUUUUGUUGAGCUGGAUUGAAUGUCUGGCUAAGUCUAAGUAAGUUUACUCCAAUAAUAAAUCUUGAGAUACUUGAGUAAGUUUACUUCAAUGAAUGAGGAUAUAUCAAUUCUCCACA